AUGCAAAUUACAGGAAUCGCUCUAACGGAUAGCAUUGCCACUAAAAUGAUAGAUGUUAUCAUGCAAUCAAAUGUUUCUCCACACUAUAAAUUCACUGUUUCAUGUGCUAUUUUGCCAGACAUUACCUCUUCUUUACCCCAAACCGAGAUCAAAGUGCAGAGUUGGGUGAUUCCUGAAGGAGUGGUCCUAGCUGACCCUAUGUUUCUGAAUCCAGGCCCAAUUGAUCUUCUACUCGGGGCAGACUUAUACUACGACCUAUUGUCACAAGGAGUAAUUCGUCUAGGUAAAGAUUUGACAACCUUGAUAAAUACUCAGCUUGGAUGGAUUAUGGGAGGGUCGUAUGCUCAAUCACCCGCAAUUUACAAUGGGGUACAGUCGUGUUCCAACUUGAAUGUGUCCCUUUUAACGCAAACUAAGUCCUCUCUGGAAACGUUGGUUUCUAGAUUCUGGAGCAUUGAGGAAAUUGCCUCUGGAAACUACCUCUCCGAGGAAGAUCAAAUUGCUGAAAAUAUUUUCGAAUCCACAGCACGGGUUCUGGAUAACGGCGCUUUCCAGGUUGACCCUCCACUCAAAUCCCCUAAAGGAAACCUCAAGCUUGGUGAUUCCUUUGCUAUUGCUAUAGCGAUUUGA